UUUCAGUACAAAUGGAACACUUUUGAAUUUGAAGAGCAAAGUGACAAAAGGAAAUAGAAAAGAGUUGAAUCAUGGAGAUGAAUUUUAUGUUGUAUACAAGAAAGAUAAUGAGGAGUUGAGGUCCAGGAUCCCAGUUCCAACGUCCCCUCGAGAAUUUUUCCAUUGAGAUGUCACCAGCAAAAUGUGAAGUACCAUAAAUAUAGACCUAUGCUUAGCACUCGGGGUUGUAGCAGUAAGGGUUCUUCUACAUGCCAAUGAAUGAUGUGACAAGAGACCUCCGUUUUUAAGGUCAUAUCCAAAAGACCGAUGAUUCUCACUUCUAGAUGCCGAGCAUUUGGCGAAGGAGCAAUCACUACCUAUGUUUACACCUUAAGGAGCAAUCACUACCUAUGUUUACACCUUAAGGAGCAAUCACUACCUAUGUUUACAUCUUAAGGAGCAAUCACUACCUAUGUUUACAUCUUAAGGAGCAAUCACUACCUAUGUUUACAUCUUAAGGAGCAAUCACUACCUAUGUUUACACCUUAAGGAGCAAUCACUACCUAUGUUUACACCUUAAGGAGCAAUCACUACCUAUGUUUACAUCUUAAGGAGCAGUCACUACCUAUGUUUACAUCUUAAGGAGCAGUCACUACCUAUGUUUACAUCUUAAGGAGCAAUCACUACCUAUGUUUACAUCUUAAGGAGCAUUCACUACCUAUGUUUACAUCUUAAGGAGCAAUCACUACCUAUGUCUACAUCUUAAGGAGCAAUCACUACCUAUGUUUACAUCUUAAGGAGCAAUCACUACCUAUGUCUACAUCUUAAGGAGCAAUCACUACCUAUGUCUACAUCUUAAGGAGCAAUCACUACCUAUGUUUACACCUUAAGGAGCAAUCACUACCUAUGUUUACACCUUAAGGAGCAAUCACUACCUAUGUUUACACCUUAAGGAGCAAUCACUACCUAUGUCUACAUCUUAAGGAGCAAUCACUACCUAUGUCUACAUCUUAAGGAGCAAUCACUACCUAUGUUUACAUCUUAAGGAGCAAUCACUACCUAUGUCUACAUCUUAAGGAGCAAUCACUACCUAUGUCUACAUCUUAAGGAGCAAUCACUACCUAUGUUUACAUCUUAAGGAGCAAUCACUACCUAUAUUUACACCUUAAGGAGCAAUCACUACCUAUGUCUACAUCUUAGGUUUGACAUGGGGCUCAGACUCAUGACCCUCAAACUCAUGACAGUAUACAUUUGUACGGUAUACGAGGGUUGUCCCAAAAUACCGUGGACUGGGCUUAACUUUUUAAAGUAUCGAUUUAAUUUCAUAGAAGCUGCUAUGUGUUGCCAAUUAUACCAUUGUUGACUAAUACCCAAAAUUUCAACUUUGUACUUCAUUUAGCUUUUAUGAGAAAAUCAAUUAUUUUACAAUAAGGUUAUGCUCGGCGGCACAACUUGCGACAUUAAUAUUAUCUCCUGGUGUUUGCAUGUCUGAGAAAAUCCUUUGAACAUGAAAUCCCUCUUUGUUUUUCUUCAUUUUUAAAAGCCUAGGUACCCAACAUGCACAUACCAUAUGCAUUCCUAAAUUAUCCGAUAGAAUGUGGUGAACAGAAGAUUUGAUGAUUUCCAAAGUUUCUUCAACCUCUCUUAUGGUUCGAUGUUUGUCUUCCCGAAUAGUGUCAUUCAGCAAUUUUACCGUUUUAUCGUCAAUUUGCUUCGGUCAGCCUCUUUUUCCAGGCAUACUGUCCUCAUAUUCUUCAGAAAAGAAUUUAUGCUAUUUGAACACCAGGGAACAAAAAACAUUUUACAUUGCUUCUUUAUGAUGAAAAACCUAAAGAAAAAAAUUCCUACAUAAUGUCAAUUAAUAUUAUAACUUUUACAUCUUUUUAUUGAAAAUUGUUUGCUCUUCAUGUUGUAAAAGUUUAAUUUCCCAAUGAUGUUAGCUGAGAAAAGCUGCUUGUCCAUGGAAUUUUGGGACAACCCUCGUACAUCUUUAUGAACAGUAUACACCCACAUAUAUGUAGUAACAAUAGUUGUUGUUUUUUUCCCAGACAUUGGAUACAUUUAUCAGAGCAUGGAAGAGCUAAGGAGAGAGGAAGAUGAUGAGGGGACACAGGAGUACUCCACUGACAUUUUGGAGGCCACUCUGGCUGAUGCUGAUGUUAAUGAAGUGGAAGCUACAGAAAAAUCUCCAGAUUCGAGGAAGAGGCCUGCUGAAUCUACUUCACCCACUGAACCAGUGAAGAAACUAAAACGUGAAACAAAAGAAGAUUCAGAUGACUGCAAGAAAAAAACAGAUGUAAAGAAAUCCGCAGAAUCGGCCCAGUCAGAUCAGCAAAAGUCUGAUACUGAGACUAAAGGGAUCAAAGGUGACAAAGUGCCUGCUGCUGAACCAAAGAAAGACGAAAUAGAAGAGGCAUUAGUCUGCAUCAUUUGUCAAGAGAUCAUGCACGACUGUGUCAGCCUCCAGCCAUGUAUGCACACAUUUUGUGCUGGAUGUUACUCGGACUGGAUGAAGAGAUCGCCCGAGUGUCCAUCUUGUCGAAUGGGAGUGGAUAGAAUCAACAAGAACCAUAUUGUUAACAAUUUGAUUGAGGCGUAUUUAAAAGAACAUCCAGGUAAGAAGAGACCAGAAGAAGAAAUUAAAGAACUUGAUGCCAAGAACAAAAUAAGUAGAGAUAUGCUGUACCCAGCAGACCUGAAAGACAGGGAAUAUGAUCCUGAUGAAAGUGUAAAUGAUUCCGAUGAUUAUGAGGAGGAUGAAGAUGAGGCUGAUAAUUCAUCCUCUAAUCCUGUAGUAUUCACUCCACUCAACACAGUCGUUCCAACCUAUGGGGGCGGUUUGUUCGGAAAUUGGAACCAGUUUGUGUGUCGGCAGUGCCCAAAUUAUCGUGAUCCUAAUGCAGCUAAUGCAGGUGUGAUUGGGACAGUGGUGAACACUGUGAGGACUGCCCUGGGUCUUGGUCAGAACAAUCCAACUGUGCCCACUACAGACAGCAACCAAGCAGGCCCAUCAGGUGCCCAAUCAACAACCAAUCAAACAGAAGUAACAUCAGAUGACAGCCAAUCCACACUUCCUACAAUGUCAACAGCUGAUGUAACUGAUGAUUUUGAAGAGAGAAAGAAGAAGGAUGACAUAAAACCCGAUAUCGCCCCUUUUCAAUAUGUGUGUAUCAUUAACCAGAAUCACAUACUGUGUCAGUGCUGUCUGUUACCGAUGCCGGACCGACGGGCAGCCACAGGGCUACUACAACAGUGUUCUCUAUGUUUAAGAGCAUAUUGUCAUGCAUACUGGGGUUGUAGGAAAGCAGAAUGUUUGGGAUGUAUUGGGAAAUUUAAAGAUUUAGUUUUUGGAAGAAAGUGUCUUCUAAACCUAAUUCUGGACAACACCUAUGAAUCUGAGAUUUUAAAGAAUUACCUUGAGGAGAAGAAAAUGACUUUAAAUGAAAUGAGAGAUGUGUGCAUGCAGAAGUUAGAUGCUGGAACAUACAGAUGUACUGAUCAGAUCCGACUGCAGGUCACAUCCGAUUCCACAGUUUGUUAUCCGUGUGCGCUGAGGAAUUUUAAAGAUUUAGCUUAUGCCUUCAGAGCUGAUAUAAAGAAAGAGGACCUACCAGAAGCUGUGAGGAGAAGAGCUGACUGCUACUGGGGUAAAAAUUGCAGAACACAGAGAAACAAACCUCACCAUGCUCAAAAUUUUAGCCACAUUUGUGAACAGACGAGGACCAUGUAGAGACACGGUGUGCAUAACAUUCCUUCCUAGAGUUGGAGAUUAAUUUCUGCGGCUGAUGAACGUGACGCAUGCCUUGUGUUAAGCUGUGUGGGUGAUUAUCAUGUCGAACGGUUCAAUGUGAAACAGAUGCCUAUGAUUCACAGGGACAAUAUGUAACAAGCAUCAUGACUCAGUUGCUAUAACUUUAUGUACGCCACAAAGAACACAAAUAUGAAGUAGCAUUUGUUGGCUUCUUAUUAUGACUUUUAUUUGCUGAUUUUUUGGCAAAUAAUAGUCCACAAUUUACAGAGAAAUUGAGAAACAUUAAAUUUUUGAAUGUGUGAUUUCAGGUGUUGAGGUUACUGUGUUAUCGGGGUAAUAUAGAUAAUGGAGGCAGAGGGUAAUUUCUGUAAUCAGCUUUCCCCCAUGCCUUCAUUGUUUUACAUCCCUAGUGAUAGAUAUAUUUGUAUUUUGUGAUGACAAAAACUUUUUUCCUAUGCAAAAUCAACAUCUUUGUGUUUUAGAACAUUUAAAGUAUUAUAGUAGCAAUGGUAACGAUAAAAAAAGUGAAGAUUUAUUACAGACAAAACACAUUGGAGAUUGUAAUAAUAUACAUGCAUUUUAAGAAUUUUUGGCAAGUUAAGUAAUGAAAUAUUACUGACAAUUACAUAUUUGUGAUGCAAAUUUUCUUGUAACAACCAUUGAUUUUGAAAUGUCACCAAUAUUUAUGCAUCUUAAAUGGAAAAUGUCAUAUAACUACCGUUGAUAUCAGCUAUCAAGCUUUUGAGAUUAAAGGUUAAGGGACAUUCCCAUCCUCACAACACCAAGGGUCCUGAGUUCCCUUGUGACCAUCAGACCUGAGUUGUGAGGAUGGGAGAUACCUUGUGUAAUCCGUUUUCUACUUUUGUCUAUGUGUUUCCUUUUUGUUUUCUCCGUCCACAACUUUAACCUAAAUCUUGAAUUAUGCAAGAUUCUUCAUACUUUGUGACCUGAAAGGUCAAGGUUAAAGCUUUAUGACUGGUAAAAGUCAAGGUCAUUAUGAUUGAUUGUAUAUUGUUUAACGUCCCUCGAGAGAAUCUUUCACUCAUAUGGAGACGUCGCAAUUGCCGGUGAAGGGCUGCAAAUUUAGGCCUAUGCUCAGCGCUUAUGGCCAUUGAGCAGGGAGGGAUCUUUAUCGUGCCAUACCUGCUGUGACACGGUACCUCGGUUUUUGCGGUCUCAUCCGAAGGACCGCCGCAUUUAGUUGCCUCUAACGACAAGCAAGGGGGUACUGAGGACCUAUUCUAAUCCGGAUCCCCACGGGAUUAGGUCAUUAUGAAGGUGAAGGUAAAAUUUGCCACAUUUAAACCCAAUACUGUAGCUCAGUGUUUGAUAUACUCAUUUUGUUUUGUUUUUUUGUAGAUUUUGCAUUGUUAGAACAAUUUAUUGGUUAUUUAUAGAAAUAAAUACAAUUUCAAAAUCUGUUAGCAUAUAAUUGAAGAGGAACUGAAUGUGAUAACUCAUUGUUUAUUGAUGUACAUACAUAGAUACCAGAAAAAUGAAAGAGGGCCCCAAGGAAAUGUAGUAUAUAUUAUGACCCUCUGACUUUAUUGAGAGUGAUUUUAGAAAUGCAUAUACUAAAAUCAUUCCAUUCAUAUAUGAUAGAAAAUCUUUUAUGGAUGUUAGUUUCCUACUGGCAGAGCCGAGGGGGACUACUGAUUAACACUGUCCAUCUGUCACAACUUAGUUUUCUGGACUUUUUUCAUCAUGCUUUGAUUAAGGAAACAGAAAUUGCGAUUUACUAAUUUAUAUUUACCAAUAUCAAGUUUUGUCACAGUUGACUUAUUUUAAAGUGAUUUUUACGUACUUUUCUCCAGUAUGUUUUAACUUGGGAAUCUGAAAUUAUCUAAUGAGUGGAUACAGAUUAGUUUUACUGUCAACACAGCUGAUAUUCUCCAAAAAAAAAAAAAUUAGGAUAUAUUUUUGUGGUUGACUGAACUUCUUUAAUUUUUGGUUUCUGGACUUUUUUCACCAUGCUUUGAUUUAGGAAGCUGAAAAUUGGCACGUGAUUUUAAUACUAAUGUAUAUCAAAAGUUGACCAUCGUCGGAAACCCACGGUUGAUUACGCUUCGUUCCUCUCUCCAUCACCCGUGGGUCCAUUCAUUCCUACUCACUCGUUCUCAUGAAUAAAUAUUUAGAAAUAUCGUAAUAGUAACGGAACUCUUCUGUUUUUAAAGGUAGCGUUGCUAGCACAACAAUUGUAUACCGAAAUUGGGCUGAAAGCAUCUUGUUAAUUGGACAAAUUCGCAUAGGCUGUACUAUGAGCGCCCAAUCAAAUUGUCUCAUUAAUUCAUUAAUUAAUCACGAGAACGAGCGAGUAGGAAUGAAUGGACCCACGGGUGAUGGAGAGAGGAACGAAGCGUAUUCAGUCGUGGGUUUCCGACGAUGAAAGUUGACUGAUUUUCAUAAAAUCAUGGGACUUUGUGCUGAAUGUAAUUUUCCAGAUUAUGAUGACUUAGGAAACUGAAAUUUAAUACGUAGUUACAUGUAUAUAAUGAAUGGAUACAGAUUAAGUUUCACUAACAGAAUUGUAAGAUUGAGUUUCAUGGUUGACUGAAUUAUAAUUAUUGUAGUCUGUCUAAUUCUUUAUAUUUUUUUUUGUGUGUGAAAUCCAUAUACAUGUAACUUGCUACAAAAAAUUAUGCAAUAAAUUUUAUUUUCCUAUUCUUUAUUUUAUGAUGGUGCACAACCUGUUAAGAUUAUUCAUACAAAUUAUCCAUUCAGAAUAUUGAGCAAACAACUAGACUUUUGGCCAGUAGGGACUUGACUUAGGGUCAGUAGGGACUUGACUUGGGGCCGGUAGGGGACCUGUAUUGCUAUGUAUUACUUGCAGAAUGUUUGUAUUUUAACAAGGUUUUAAAGAAAUUAAAGUAUCAUCGAGUUGAC